AUGAGAUAUAAAGGUCUUUAGAAAAUGUAAACACCCAUGAAAUUGUAGUUUCAAAGUGGAAUUGAUUUUAUGUUAGUUCAAGUUUUAGCUCAUAUGUAUAUUUUUACAUGUAAAUGUUAUAGAUUGCAGCCAUCAAAAGCAAAAGUGCUAUAAUUACAAGAUAUAAUAAAAUCGAUCUUAAUUUUAGUUUAAACCAGUAAUCACAACCUAUAAAUUUUAGUAGUUAUUAAUUCUGUUGUUAUCUUAUAAUCUCUAUCAACUUUAAUUACUCCAUCUGAAUUUAAUGAAAUGUAGUCUAUUAUAAUAUUCAUACUUUAUACUACGUUUAUAUUUCAUUAAAAUAAUUAAAACAUUAUCUAAGUUUUUUGUAUUUAAUUACACUCUCAAUUGUAGACUUAUCAAAAUAUUAAAUUUGACGAUACAGAAUUUAAUAUAGAUCUACUAUUUUUAAUAAGUUGUAACAAUUCAUAGCUAUUAAGAUACCUAAAACUAUUAAACCAGUUAACAUAUCAAUAAUAAAACUUAAAAUUCUUCAUAUCUUCUAAUAAAUUAUAUUACUGA